AAGAACAGAGCGGAGCGGAGCGGCUCGGACCCGAGCGGGGGCGAAGAACCAGAUAAAAACACACACGAGUCGGUGGUUAUUAUUAUUAUUAUUAUUAUCAUUAACAAUAUAUUUUUUUUAAUUGCACUAAUAAACAACGACGGAUAUGUUUUCCGGGAUCGGAUUUAUUUGCGAUCAUCUCAACCGGAUCUGAAGCACGGAGUGAAAGAGAGAAACAAAGGCAUCACUAAAAUGAAUCAUGGGGUGGACACUAUGAGCCCUGCAGGAACUGGAUACCUACCAUAACACGCUAAUCCCGACAUAAUACUUGUGAAGUUUGUUUUUACAACAUUCUACAUAAAUGGAAACUUUGGGAAAGUAAGCAGGACUUGCAACAACCUGCCAUGUUUUGAGCCAUUUCCAUGCCUUUGAUGUGACUUUAUCCAAAAAAAACAAAAACGCACCAUCGCUGAAUAACCCGGUGCCAGUGUCCAACAAUGGGUUGGUGUGUGCAUAGCUAGCCAUCAAUCCUUUACCAUGGCUCAGACGAGUUUACUGCAGGGAAAGCGCUUCUACUGCCGAGAAUGGGUUUUUCACAAGAUCCAGCACUGCCUCCAGGAGAAAACCGGCACUUCCUGUGGCUCGGCAAGGGAAGGUCUGCCCAUCUCAGGGGGUAGUGCUUCGUCAGGUGCAGGGAAAUCAGGAUCAUGGGGCGUUUUGCUGGUCGGAGGACCGGGGAGCGGCAAAACGGCACUUUGCACGGAGCUUCUGUGGCCGAGCUUGCAGCACAACAAUCAUCGCGGCCUAUGCCAAUUCUGCCUGGCGUUUCAUUUCUGCCGUGCGGACGACUCCGACACAUUGUGCGUGAGCGGGUUCAUACGAGGCUUAGUGACGCAGAUCUGCAGGAGUGGCCUCGUCCCGCAGUAUGAGGAGAAAAUCCGCGACCCUGCCAUCCAGAGCUCUCUGAAGCCUGGAGAGUGCGAGAGGAACCCGAGCGAGGUGUUUAAAAAGUGUGUGCUGCUGCCGCUUUUGAGCUGCACUCCUCCUCCGCAGGCCCUGUUUUUACUCGUCGACUCUAUAGACGAGGGAAUGAAAGGGGGCGGGACGGAGUCGAGCUCCGGCCCCAUGAACCCGCGCAGCAUCGGCGAACUUCUCUCGUCUCACCACGAACUCCUCCCACCUUGGCUCCUCCUCAUCUGUUCCGCCCGCCGCCAGAACAAAAACAUCACUAAGCUUUUUACAGGCUUUCGUAAAAUUAGUCUGGAUGACCUGCGCAAAGCUUACAUUGUUAAGGAUGUUCAGCAAUACAUCUUGCACAGGCUCGACCAAGAAGAGGCACUACGGCAACACCUGACCAAGGAGACAGCAGAAAUGCUGAACCAGCUCCACAUUAAGAGCAGCGGCUGCUUCUUGUACCUGGAGCGUGUCCUGGAUGGAGUGGUUGAUAACUUCAUCAUGUUACGGGAGAUCCGUGACAUCCCAGGAACACUAAAUGGACUCUACUUAUGGCUCUGCCAAAGACUGUUUGUCAGAAAGCAAUUUAUCAAAGUGCAACCCAUCCUGAGCGUCAUUCUGGCCGCAUGCCGGCCUCUUACCGUCAAGGAGCUGUACCAUGCCGUCUGGACUAAAAACAUGACCCUGACCAUGGAAGAGUUUCAGAAAAAGUUGGACAUUCUCUCCAAAUUGCUUGUGGAUGGACUUGGGGGUACCAAGAUUCUUUUUCACUACAGUUUUGCCGAGUGGCUUCUUGAUGUUAAGCACUGCACUCAGAAAUACCUUUGCAAUGCUGCUGAGGGUCACCGGAUGAUGGCGAUGAGCUAUACGUGUAGAGCCAAGCAGCUCAAACCAUUGGAGGUACAAGAGUUUGCUUUUCACUUGAUCAACUCCAACCUGCAAAUUGAACCUUUCAACCUGGCCCUGUGGAUGGUGUGGAAUGGCACACCUGCAAAGGACUCUCUUUCUACAUCUAUUCCCAGGGAGCAGGAGGUUUUGCAGCUUCUGGUCAAAGCUGGAGCUCACAUCAGCAACGAGAACGAUCAUGCCUCGUGCAUUGUCCAGCAAGCUCUGGAACGAGAGGAUUCCAUCCGCACUUUGCUUGAUAACGGUGCCUCGGUAAACCAAAGUGACUCCAGCGGACGAACUCUGCUGGCUAAUGCAGCGUACAGUGGGAACCUCGAUGUAGUCAAUCUACUCAUUUCCAGAGGUGCCAAUAUGGAGCUUGAGGACAACCAUGGACAGACACCACUCACGCUUGCUGCCAGACAAGGACACACAAAGGUAGUUAACUGCCUGAUCGGCUGUGAUGCCAACAUCAACCACACGGAUCAUGAUGGGUGGACAGCUUUAAGGUCUGCAGCUUGGGGUGGUCACUCUGAAGUGGUCUCUGCACUUCUCUAUGCAGGUGCUAAGGUUGACUGUGCAGAUGCAGACAGCAGAACUGCUCUAAGGGCUGCAGCAUGGGGAGGUCAUGAGGAUAUUGUCCUUAACCUUUUACAGCAUGGAGCGGAAGUCAACAAGGCUGAUAAAGAAGGAAGGACUGCACUCAUUGCAGCAGCUUACAUGGGACACAGAGAGAUUGUUGAGCACCUGCUGGACCAUGGUGCUGAGGUAAACCAUGAGGAUGUUGAUGGACGGACGGCUUUGUCUGUUGCAGCCCUCUGCGUCCCUGCUAGCAAAGGCCACGCUUCAGUGGUUAGUCUUCUGAUUGACCGUGGUGCAGAAGUGGACCACUGUGAUAAAGACUGCAUGACCCCUCUUUUGGUCGCUGCCUAUGAAGGGCAUGUGGAUGUAGUGGAUUUGCUCCUAGAAGGAGGAGCAGAUGUUGACCAUACAGACAAUAAUGGAAGAACACCUUUGCUUGCUGCAGCUUCCAUGGGGCAUGCUUCUGUUGUCAAUACGUUGCUUUUUUGGGGUGCAGCCGUGGACAGUAUCGAUAGUGAAGGAAGGACUGUGCUCAGCAUUGCAUCUGCUCAAGGAAAUGUGGAGGUGGUCCGAACUCUGCUGGACAGAGGCCUUGAUGAGAAUCACAGAGAUGAUGCUGGUUGGACCCCUUUACACAUGGCAGCAUUCGAGGGACAUAGGCAGGUUUGCGAUGCCCUCAUUGAACAAGGUGCUCGAUGCUCAGAAGUAGACAACGAUGGACGCAUAGCCUUGAUUCUGGCUGCGCAGGAGGGACAUUAUGACUGUGUGCGAAUCCUUCUUGAGAACAAGUCCUGCUCUGACCAGCGAGGGUACGAUGGAAGAAACUCCCUCAGGGUUGCAGCUAUGGAAGGACACAGAGACAUUGUUGAGCUUUUGCUGAGCCAUGAAGCAGACAUAGACUACAAAGACGCUGAUGGCCGCCCAACUUUAUACAUACUGGCGCUUGAGAAUCAGCUAGGAAUGGCUGAGUAUUUUUUGGAGAACGAAGCGAACGUCGAGGCAAGUGAUACUGAGGGCAGGACAGCCCUUCAUGUUUCUUGUUGGCAAGGCCAUGUGGAAAUGGUAAGGUUGCUGAUCAGCUACCAUGCGGAUGUGAAUUCUUGCGACAACGAAAAGCGAUCUGCUCUUCAGUCCGCUGCGUGGCAAGGUCACACAAAAGUUGUCCAAUAUUUGAUUGACAAUGGCACUCAUGUUGAUCACACUUGCAAUCAGGGAGCCACCGCACUAGGCAUCGCUGCUCAAGAAGGUCACAUUGAUGUAGUAAGGAUUCUUCUUGAGCAUGGCGCAGAUCCAAACCACGCAGACCAAUUUGGUCGGACGGCCAUGAGGGUGGCAGCCAAAGGAGGCCACUCAAUGAUCAUCAAACUUUUAGAGAAAUAUGGUGCCAGUAGUCUAAAUGGCUGCAAUCCCUCACCUAUACAUACUAUGGAGCAAAAAACUCCACUUUCAGUUACAGGGAAGAUGCAAUCGCUUACUAUCAAAUCCAGCAGUUCUGGCAGUACAGGAGCUGGAGAUGUUCAACCAUCAGGUCGAGGAUUAUCUAAUGGACCUGUUCAUGCCUUCAGCUCCCCUUCGGAAUCUCCAGACUCCACAGUAGACAGACAGAAGUCCUCCCUCUCCAAUAAUUCCCUGAAAAGCUCAAAAAACUCAUCGCUAAGAACUACUUCGUCCACCUCAACAGCCCAGACAGUGCCUAUAGAUAGUUUCCAUGGACUCAGCUUCACAGAGCAAAUACAGCAACACUCUCUGCCUCGCAGUCGCAGCAGGCAGUCUAUCGUUUCUCCUACUUCGACCACAAAAUCCAUCGGCCCACAGCCCGGAUCUCCUACCAGUGAAUUUGACUGGAGCCAAGUGAAACCAGUUCUAAAAUCCUCUAAAGGAGGAAAGAGUGGUAAUGGGACAAACUAUAGUUCAAGAAAGGAAGGCUCUGGAGACAAGAAGAAAUCUAAAAACAGUAGUUCCCUUCCACAUGGUCAGGUUUUGGAGUAUGAGAUGACCCAAUUUGACAAAAGAAUUGCUCUCAAUAAACCCGUAUCUAACUUUGCAGUAAAGGAUCCUCAUUGUAAGAUUGUACUGGGGGGCUCCAACACUCUGGACUCUGGCCAAUCGCAGGAGCCAUAUUAUAUCCAACAGCAGAGCUGCUCUGAGAAGAAAAGAAAUGGGAUUAUGACCAACCCUAACUAUCACCUACAGGGAAAUCAAGUCUAUUUAGGAAGACUCUCUGUACCCAGAACUGUGCACAACAGGGGACAUCAGGAAGUUCUCGACAACUACCCAUUAGGGGAGACGGAAUUAAGCCUUAAACAAGCUCUGAAACUGCAAAUCGACGGAUCAGACCCUGGGUUCAACUACAAGAAAGAGACUCCAUUAUAACUGGCCUCCUUAACUGAAACCCUCAUCCAGAUGCCAUGGAGAUUGUGCCAAAGCAGCUGUUUUCAUCGGGAAAAAAAAAAAAAAUUUCAGGGCUAUUAUGUUUGAAAUAUCUCCGAUCAAAAGUGCUUGAUCUCGAACCAGAUUUCUAUACGUCCUAAUAAAGGUGAAUGCAACACGGAGUUUCGGAAUCGGAAACAAACUGAUCCCAGGUCGCCGAUUACCUCCUGAAAUAUAUACGAAUGCUCCCAGAAACCAUUGCUACUCAGCCCUCAGUGAAACACCUCACCUAGAAUAAUAAGGAGGAAAUUAAUAAAUGAAAAGAAAAAAAAAAAUGGAAUCCCUAAGAAACCAUCCUGAUCCUGCAGUGUAUGGAAAAUAAUAUGAACUGACUAUGUGCCUACCGAUGUUACAGCCUUCUCAUAUUCAUGCACAUCAUCCUUUUAAUUUAAUGUAUUGCUAUUUAAUAAGCCAUGUAUGCACUUUUUAUUUUUUUUCCGCAAUGAGAAAAAAAAAAUCUAAUCACUUAUGCUCAGUUUUCUCUUUUUACCUUUUAUUUUUUAUGGUGCUUUUUUUCCUUCUUUGAAUAGUUUUAAAGAAUUUGUUUUCCUUUUUUUUUUAAGUCAAUUCUUUUCUACCUGUACAAAACAAGCAAAACAUAUAGCAAUGUAUCAGCUGACCAGGGAAAAAUACAAAAGAUCAUCAUGAUGCCUGGGGAGAAAAUAAAUCCAAAACACAUCUCUUACCUGAGAUUGUUGUUAUGCCACAAACAUUCAGUCAGUACACAUUUAAUUAUAUUGGUGUAUUUUCAGAUACAAAUGCUUCCCCUUCAGUGUAAUCAAUCAUAUUUAUUUUAUGGGGGGAAAAAGCCACUUAUAGAGUUGUUACUAUUUUGUGGUGCUGUGCAGUUUCGAUUUGCUUUUACAUUUUCUGUUUUUUUCACCUACAGUGUCUAUUUAAACUUUACAUCAUGUUUGUUGUAGUAUUACCGAUGCCCUGAGGGGUGAGGUUUAUUUCCUCUACCCCAUCUUGCAUUUUUAUUUAGUCCCUGUGGGACCUUUUUAUUUUAUUUUUUUUUUAAUUCCAUUUAUUAUUACGUUAAGUUACGUCAUAUUUAAAACACGAAAUUUGGUGCUAUAUAUAACAAAAGUUUUCUAUAAUCAACAGAAAUUGGCAAAAGGUUAAGAAAAAAAAACAAAGACUAUUUUUUCCGGACUAUAAGACACUUUCUUUUUUUUAUUAAUUCAUUUAUUUUAUUUUUUUGGAAAAUGUGUGGUGAUCUGUACAAUCAACUAAAAUUAUACACAAUCCAAACAUUAAAUCUAGGGAAUUUUGACACAUCUAUAUGUCAAGCACAAAUGCCUAAUAUUUUAUUUUAUAUUUAACUCUUGGUUCAGCAUGGAGUUCAAAUUGGUUUUUUUUUUGUUUGGGUUUUUUUCUGGGUUUUUUUUUUUUUCAUUAGGUACAAUCUCACCUUAGUAUUCCCCUACAAACAGAGCUCGGAGGAUAUAAGCAAUCAAGUUUUGCUUAUUGUCAUACUUUGACCUAAACCUAAAGGCUACUGUUGAUGUGAAUAAUAGUAUUGAUGAAAAAUCUAAAAUAUGGACUUAAGUAUUCGGACACCGGACAUUUUCAGCCAUAUGUGCUCUCUCCCCAAAAACCGUUACCACAAAGUGGUAUGGAGAGUCUCUGGAUGUGGCAGCAUCCAUUCACUUGAACAAGGAGUCUCGAAUCUGUUCCAGAAUGACAGUUCCUCUAUGCACAAAGCUAGCUCCAUGAAGAUAUGCUUUAAAUGGAUUUUGAGUGGCCUGCAUUAGAGCUC